AUGUCAUUUGCACAGACAGAUACAGUCCUACUUCCAAUAUGUCUUGUUGACAUUGCCAGGAUGAUUGGAGAUUUUCCCAUGAAAUUGUUACGGGGCCACAGUAUGUCUGCACGACUUUCUGUACAUUUGUUUGCACAAACUGUAGUGGAGUACAAUUUUAUGUUGCACUCCAGUAAUCUUCAUAGGCUUCGAGAUUUUAUCAAGCAUGUCUAUGUGGAUAGGAAAUAUACUGGUGAGAUUUCUCACAAAACCUCAAUGGUUCGAGUGGGUGAAAAAGACGACUUCUAUGAGCGACGUUCUUUUGAGAGGUACAGUCAGGGUAGCAGGGAUGACUUUUCUGAACGCCAUUCUUAUGAAAGACCCAGUUCAAGUGGCAUGAAUGAGUAUGUAAGAUAUUCUGCUGCUGAAAGAAGAAGUCCUCGAUACAAACAAGAAAAUGGGAGAGCUGGUGGUCACAGGAGUCGUACUGCUCACUUUGAGGUAGUUGAUGACAGGUUUCGAGAUGAUGGAUACGGAAAUGGAGGGCGAUCUGCAAUUCUCCGAUUUUCUGACGCAGAGUCCAGGGCACGUAGCAGGUCCCCAGAUCCUCAAAUAAGUGGCCAAAUGACCAACACCCCAGUGUUACGUCCUUUCAAAGAUAUUUUGGAUGCGAAUGCUCACGUAGGCAAGCAUCCUACGACAAAUGAUGGGAGGGAUGCUGAUGGCUCUUCCCAUGAGCAGAAGCCAGCACCUUCCACUAGUUUGGGGUCUGUUGAUCGAAGAUCAGGAGAAAAUAAAUCAGUAAACUCAAGUAGCUUGAUUGAUUUCAUGGCUGAUUCUGAACCUCCUGCUGCUGCAGCAUCACAAACGCCACAGAUGGUUCAGUCUGUUGAUGUUGGAAACUCCUCUAUUGGAUCUUCCGCAAUGGAAAAGGCUUCUAAGGCUCCAAAUAUGAAUUCAUUGGAAUAUUUAUUGUUCGAAUUGUCAGCUCCUGCACCUGCGCCUGCAGGUAUUAUGCCUGAGGCAUCUACCAGUAGUGAAACUCCAUCAUCUACACCUGUAGCGUCAUCCAAUUGUGUCAAUGAUACCAUAACUGGAUCAACAAUCAACACACCGGUAGUUCCCUCUAAUGAGGGUGUUCCCACAGCUUCUCGUGUAGGAAAUGAACAAGUGGUGCCCAGUAGUAGCGAGGCUCCCGUGGUAAAAAAAACUGAUGAGCAGCAGUUGCCAACCAUGCAGCAACAUCAGCCGUCUGCAGUCCCUGGUGGGGAUAGUGGUCAUACUGCUCAACAGAGUACUCCAUCUGUUGAAGACGCUUUAUUUAAUGAGCCAUGGCCUUCAUCACCUCCACCAAAUGCUCAAGGAACGCCUCCUUUUGCUUCAUCUGAGCACCCAUCUCAAGCUGUCUCCAAGGCAGUUCAAGAAAGUAUUACAGGGGAUGUGUCAAAAUAUAAUGGGAGGAAAGAGCUUCCAGCAGACCUUUUCACAUAUAGUAGUUCCUCAUUCCCUGCAGCAGUUUCAAGUUGGCAAUUUCGUCCACCACCUGGGCUGGGAUAUAGCAUGCAAUACUUUCCCACUGCAAUGCCUAUUCAAGCUUCUCCGAAUCCUACAAAAUCCACUAACCCAUUUGAUCUCAGUGAUGACAGCACCCUAGUCCAAAACCCAAUGUUUCCUCCUAUGACAUCAUUGCAAGGAGCACUUGCAAAUGUGUCAGCUUCUACAGGCUUACUGCCUCACUCAUCACCUUAUGCGUCUGCACUGGCCCUACAAUCACCUUCUUGUGGAAUGACUAUGCCUCCUGAAGCAUACACGGGGCAACCAUUGGCAAUUAAUAUGCCAAUUUCCAGACCACAAGGAAUUGGUAGCUUUCGCAGCGAGGAAGCUGCUUUUGCCUCCUUAAACCCAAUUCAUCCGUCCAGUGGCAGAUAUCCAGGACUCAACGCCCCAAAUCCAUCUCCAUCAGCAGGAGGAAACCCAUUUGGAUAA